AUGUCGCCUCCUGAAGGCUAUGUCGUCGACUUUGAGAACCCGCAGCGGCAGAGUGUGCUGGAACACUACCUGGUGUUUGGCAUCUUGGGUCCACUCGCUCUGGUAUGCCUAGUCCAAAGGUUUUACACCAAGUUGGUAUUUUCGGAUGGGCCGAAGAUCGAUGAUGGUGAGCCCGAAAUUACUCUCGCUGCCAACGUAACUCCAACUGAUCGUCAGAAUCCUUUGCCUGCAAAGACUUCUGCUAAGCAAAAGACGUCAGGGUCUUGCGCGAUUGGCGGCUUGGGCCACCACGCUUGGGAAAUGUCCCUUAAUGUCUGGGCCAAGCAGGCUCUCGUCAGCUACAUCGUCGCUCCGAUAUUCAUCUGCGCCAACGGUUCAACGAAAGCCUCGCUAUUCUUCGCGUAUCUCAAGAUCUCCCCUCUCCCAUGGUAUCGCCAAGCCAUCACCGCAGGUAUCGUCAUGGUAUUUUGCUACACCGUCGUGAUUGCGUCGAUGCUCCUGUUUGGCACGUGGCCGAUUCGUGCAAACUGGGAUCCAUAUGUCGAGGUGUCGGAAACCCACAGACCGCUGAACAGCGCGAUGCUUUACAUGGCUAUUGCUACGUCAAACAUUGUGUCCGAUGUUGUUCUCUUUUUGAUCCCUAUUCCAAUGGUGCUGCGUCUUCAGAUGCGCCCCGUUGUCAAGGUUGGUGCGUUGAUCAUGUUUGGAAUCGGAUCCCUGACUGUCACCACAUCCGUUGUUCGCAUGGUUUAUCUCCAAGCCAUGCUCAAAUCCACAGAUCCGGCUUGGGUUGCCGCGCCCGCCAACGUCUGGUCGUGA